CUCGACAGAGAGUGUUAUAAUGAGGUCGCAAAGAUCAAUGCUGACAACCUUGGACCGAGGACGAGCAGAGUUGAAGGGAGUAUUUUAAGGCCACCCUCCACCCUAGUACGAGGAUCCUCCCCUUAGCGAGUCGGAAUCCUUUAAAUGGUCCUAGGAGCCCAAGAGGGGAGGGCGGGGCGGGCGUCUCCAGGCAACCCAGCGGUGGCUCCGCCCAGCCAAUCCGUGCCCCGCAGCGGGCAAGUUUCCAGCCAAUGGCAGCUCGCGCCUUGGCCCCGGGGCGGAGCUGCAUGGGCCAGAAGCCAGAUUAGGAGGCCCGGGGUAGACGAACAAGGUACCAACCCAGCCGGGAAAGGUGGCACCGCUGUGGACGUUUCGAGAGGCGAUUGCAAACCUGGCAGCUGAGUGUCUUUCAUUUGAUAGAGACGGCCAGAAAUUGAGAGGAAGAGGAAAUAGAGAGCAACAAAGACACCUGCAGCCCUGCCUCACUUAUGAAGCUUUCCCUCCCGUAGGGGACCUGGGGGCUUGAACCCAGAUCCUUGGCUCAUUGUAACUUGUGUGUCCAACCAGGUGCAUCACCACCCGGCACCAAAGCACAGGACUGUAAAGCAUGAGUGCGCAGUCCCCAGCAGCAAUGUACCAGAGGGAUGUCUAGUUCCUUCUCUCUCUCUCUCUGCGUAUCUUCUUCAUAAAUAAAAUUGUAAAAAAAAAAAAAAAAAACUUAUGGGGGUGGGGGUAUAGCAUAAUGGUUAUGCAAAGAGACUCUCAUGCCUGAGACUCCAAAGUCACGGGUUCAAUCCCCACACCACCAUAAGCCAGAGCAAAGCAUUGCUGUGGUUAAAACAAAACAAAAAAAACCUCUUCUAUAGAAGAGUCUCAGUAAAUAGGAUACCUAAGAGGUCUCUAGAUAGCUCAAAUAAAAACAUUGAGGAAGUGGUCUGGGAGAUGGCACAGUGGAUAAAGCAUUGGACUCUCAAGCAUGAGGUUCUGAGUUCAAUCCCUGGCACAUGUACCAGAGUGAUGUCUGGUUCUUCUUUCUCUCUCCUAUCUUUCUCAUUAGUAAAUAAAUGUUUUUAAAAAGAGAGAUUAAAAUCUAGAGUUGGGGAGCCCAAGUUUAAAAAUUUUGAGAAAAAUGACUUUUUUUUUCCUUUUCCUCAAAGCACCACGCUGCUCCGGCUCAUGGUGGUGCAAGGUAUUGAACCUGGGACUUUGGAGCCUCAGGCACAAGAGUUUCUUCAGAUAACUAUUAUUUACGCUCUUGUUUAAAAAACCAAAUCCCCACCUACACAGGGAAGCUUCAGAAGUAGUAAAGCAGUGCUGCAGGUGUCUGUCUGUCGCCCCUUUCCCUCUUAAUUACUUUCUACCCUAUCACAUAGAAAGAAAAAGAAAUAAAACUGUUACUGGGGAGACCAAAUAAUCUUAUGCAAAAGACUUUAAUGCCUGAGGCACUAAGCUCCCAAGUUCUGUUCCCAGUUCUGUCACCAUAAACCCAAAUUGAGUAAUGUGUGUGUGUAUGAUCUUCCAUUAAAAAUAAGUGAGAUAUUGUGGUCUGGGAGGUGUAGCAGUGGAUAAAACAUUGGACUCUAAAGCAUGAGAUCCCGAGUUCGAUCCCCGGCAGCACACGUACCACAGUGAUGUCUGGUUUUUUCUCUCUCCUAUCAAAAUAUAAAAUAAAUGAGAUAUUAAAAAAUAAUCCUUGUGUUCAUCAUUUGUUGAAUAGAGGGCCCUUGUGUGUAUUACAGAUGAGAUCUUAACAGAUGGUAAAAGUUUGCAUUCCCCAUUUUACAGAUGAGAAAACUGAGGCCCAGAGAGGUGAUGUUACAUCACUUCCUGAGAUCACACAGCUGAGCAGUGUCGGAGGCAGAACUCAAACCCAGGAUUCCCUCCUUGUGUUCCAGGGCAUCAUGGUUGGGGGCUUAAAGAGGAAACACUCAGAUUUGGAGGAGGAAGAGAAAGAUGAGAAUUGGGACUGGAGCCCUUCAGGCCUGCGGAGUUACCAGCAAGCCCUGCUGCAAAUCUCCCUAGACAAAGUCCAGCAGGGCCUGGGCCCCCGAGCCCCCAGCCUCCGGAGGCAUGUCCUCAUCCACAACACCCUCCAGCAGCUCCAGGCGGCGCUCUGCCUGACUCCUGCGCCAGUCCUGCCCCCCGAGCCCCUCUUCCUGGGUGAGGAGGACUUCUCUCUGUCGACCACCAUUGGCUCUAUCCUCAGGGAGCUAGACACCUCCAUGGAUGAGACGGAGCCCCCUCCGAAUCCAGUGGCUCCCCCAGCACCCCCAAAUGAAGUGCUGCCCCAGCCUGAUCCGGUCUUCCUGGAAGCCCUGAGCUCCCGGUACCUGGGGGAUUCAGGUCUGGACGACUUCUUUCUAGACAUUGACACCUCAGCUGUGGAGAAGGAGCCAGUGCAGACCGCACCCGAGCCUCCCUCUCACAACCUCUUCUGCACCCCAGGAUCCUGGGAGUGGAAUGAACUAGAUCACAUCAUGGAAAUCAUUCUAGGGUCCUAAAACUUUGAUGGAAGUCAGGGGAGGGGAGGGGUGUCUCUCUAAGCAGUGACUCCAGCCCCCCUUUCCUCCUCCCAUUUCAGGGUUCCACAAACUGUUGUGCAUGUGUGUGUGUCUGGUUACCACAACCUUCUGUGAAGGUGGGUCUUCCUGAAUUAAUUUAUCGGUUCCGAAUGCCUUAACAAGACUCUUGUGGGAAUCCAGUUUCCCACUUCCACAUUUCUGCCUUUCCCUCCAGUUCCCGCUUCCCCUUGUGACCACUGGGGCCUCAGGGAAGAUAAAACUGGGCCUGUCAAAAGGAUGGCAGGGAUGUGCUGCCUGUUGCCAUGGAAACCUAGGCUCUCCCUCUUCUACCUCCAGGCAGUAGGAGGGGCUGGCCUCCUCCCCGCUCCCAGGCUGAACCCCUCCUCUUUGGCAAGACCCCAGUCCCAGUAGCCUCCUGUUCAUAGCCAGGCCGGACCACGUGCAAUAGGGUGGAAACCAAACUGCUCCAAGUCACGUUAUUUAAAAAAGACAGGUUUUAUGGUGUCCUGUAUUUUAUUUUGGUUGGUUUUUUUUGUUGUUGUUGUUGUUGUUGGAUCAUUUGUAAUUUCUUUUUUAAAUAAAAAUAGUUUGGAAAGGGU